AUGCGGCACCAGCAUGGUCGUGGCACCCGUGGAAGUGCAACAAAUGCCAACAUCUUGUUACUUUUAACGCCUAACUUCCUGCAGCGCUGGAGCAGCCAGCGGCCGCCGGGAAGGCGAGCUCGGCUGCAGCCCUGCGUCGCCGCGCCACGACCAGACCAUUCUCUGAGACGCCCGGGACUGGAGCGCCCACCCCCAACCAGGUGCAGACAGACCUCCCGGGCACAGCCCGGCGGGAACCCAUCAGCGCGGGAACCAGCCUCGAACUCCAGGCGGGGACAGCCGCGAGAAACUGACCUACGCGGUCACCCGGGCUCCCAGAGCAACCGAGGCGGGGGCCACGACCGCAGGCUUCCCGUCUGCCCGCCCCACGUCGAGAAAGUGGUCGUCACCGACUCUCGCUGGCACUCCCCGAGGACGCUCGAGCCCGCGUAACGACUGUCUUCGGGGCCCGGGGCCGG